AUGCCGAAUUAUAUCAAGUCCGCUCAGCGCACCUCAGCCGGGUUCGCGGCUUCUUCACCCGAAGUCGCCACACUCGUGAGCAACGUCAUUUCGGAGAUUCGAACCCAGGGUGAUGCAGCGGUGCGGAAGUACUCUGCUAAAUUUGACUCUUGGGACCGUCCUUCCUUCAAGCUUUCUCAAAAGGAGAUUGACGAGGCAAUCGCACAGGUAUCUCCACAGGUCAUCAGCGACAUUAAGGAGGUGCAGGAGAACGUGAGGAGGUUUGCACUCGCCCAAUUGGCCUCUCUCACCGAGUUUGAGCUGGAGAUCCAGCCGGGCGUAUUCCUCGGGCAGAAGAACAAUCCCAUCAACCUUGUCGGCUGUUACAUUCCUGGAGGUCGAUAUGCGCUGCUCGCCAGUGCACACAUGACCAUCCUGACGGCCAAGAUCGCCGGCGUCAAGUCCGUGGUUGCCUGCACACCCCCUAUCGGCGGCCUCCUUCCCGUCGAGACCAUCGCAGCCAUGCACCUCGCCGGCGCUGACGAGAUCCUCAUCGUCGGCGGUGUCCAAGCCGUGGCGGCCCUGGCCGUCGGCACAGAAUCCAUCGCAAAGGUCGACUUCCUCGCCGGACCUGGCAACAAGUUCGUUGCCGAGGCCAAGCGCCAGCUCUUUGGCGAGAUCGGCAUCGAACCUGCUGACCCGUACACGUGUGCCGUGGACCUGCUCUCCCAGGCGGAACACGGCCCGGACACGCCCGCGGUGCUCAUUACGACAUCGGAGACGGUGGCCACGAGCACUAUUUCCUGGGUGGAGGAGCUUCUCAAGAUCCUUCCGACGGCUCCCAUCGCCUCGGUCUCCUGGAAGGAUUUCGGCGAGGUCGCUGUGACGGAGACGCUCGAUGAAGCUUUUGCUCUUGCCGAUGAGUAUGCCUCGGAACACGUGCAGAUUCUGACCGAGCGUCCCCGCGAGGCUUUGGAGAAGAUGACGAACUACGGUGCCCUUUUCCUGGGUGAAAACACCUGUGUGUCAUAUGGCGACAAGUGUAUCGGGACGAAUCAUGUCCUCCCAACCUUGAAGGCUUCGCGGUACACCGGUGGUCUUUGGGUUGGCAAGUACCUGCGAACGCAGACAUACCAGGAGGUGCGGAAUCCCCAGGCCAGUGGAGAGCUGGGCAGGCUGUGUGGUCGGGCGGCCCGGGCGGAGAAAUUUGAAGGCCACGCGCGGUCUGGUGAUUUGAGGGCACAGAAGCAUCUGGGGGACAAGGUCGCAUGGAUUGAACAGAGCCGUGUCCUGACGUGA